UAUACUGUGAAUCAUUUCUAAUCAUCGUUUUUUUGAAUAUUGCCAAGCACAAUUAGUGUUCUAUCUGUAUGUGACUACGCAUGACAGUUGUUUAACGCGUAUAUAUGGUUGAUAGGUGAUAUACGUGUCUCGUAUAAUUUUGAUUGGAUGAUUGUACUUAUUUUAACGUGCUUUUUGAAUCAAACCUUGCCAUAUGGCGAUAGCAUACACUUAAUGCGAGAUUAAUUUAUACAAAAGUAACUAGUUUAUAAUUAGAUCGGUGAAAUGGCGCCUCAAUUGCGAAUUUUAUCUAAUGUCAUAGAGCGUUUAAAAAGUAUAAAGGACGAUGUAACAGGUCAUUUAUACGGUGUUAUGUACAAUAACACAUUAACAGUACUGACAUUUAGUAUAAAUUUAACAGACAAUGUUGAAGCUAAUAUAAAUCAUACAAUGUUACAAUUACACAUGUCAGCAGAAGUAUACCUUUGUGGUAUUUUGCAUGUGGGUCAAUGUGAAGAAAAACUUCCUGAAAUGUUUCAGGACAUUGAUAUUACGGAUAAUCCAUUAUUUUUGAAAUAUACACAUGACAAUUUAAAGACACAAGCAUAUUUUUAUAUCCAUUUAAAACUUGAACCUGUUAAUGACAUAAAAAUCAUUAAUGAAAAUGAUAUUCGUCGAGAAUUUAUUUACAUUAGGUUAAGAGGAAGCCUGCCAUUAAUUGCACAGAAUGAUAAUAUAAUAGAAGUAUUAGAAGAAUCAAAAAAAAAUAUUGUAUCAGGGAAAGUAGGAAUUCAUUUUCCAUCGAAAAAUGCUUUUAUCUUUAAUAGUGAAAAUAUUGAGAAAGAUAUAUCUUUAAGAGAAAUUUUAAACAUAUUUGAUUCUGAAGGAAAUAAAAAUAUAAAGAAAGAUGUGAAACCUACAGGAAUAGAGAAUGCUGUGAAUGCUUAUAUACUUUUAAAAAUAUCUGGAGACAGACUUCCUGAAGAAAAUGUUAGGUAUGCUCCAGUACUUCAGUACAUAAAACGACCAUUUAACAGUUUAGAAUGUAAUUUAUUUAUUGACACACUGUCAUUGGUCAACCUUAAUGUAAGCUCAGCAGAUCUCUAUGGAAUAUUAGUAGAAUCCAUGUGCCGAAAUAUUAAAUUGAUAGAAAAAUGCUUUGAGAAUCAAUUGCAAAAAUCAGAAACAUCUAUAAAACUUCCACUACCCAUACAUUUCAAACCUCAAGGUUUUGGACAUUUAAUCACGGUAGUCUAUCCAAGUGGUUAUAGUGAUAAAGAAACAAUGGAAUAUCGUGAAAAUUUACAUAAAAUUUUGGGAUUAAAUAUGACUAGGCCAUAUUUUCGUUAUGGAAAUGCUGUUAAAUUUUAUAAUGAUUCACAAACAGAGAGUAUACUUAUAAAUCCUCAUGAAGCAAUUUCAACGAACGAUGAUAUAAUAAACGGUAAUCGAAGAGUACAAAUUGUACAAGGUUUAUAUACAUAUCAUCAUUAUAUGCAAGAUAAUUUUGAUGAUAAUGGUUGGGGAUGUGCAUAUAGGUCUCUACAAACCAUUAUUUCUUGGUUUAGGUUACAAGGUUACACUGAAAUACCAAUACCUUCUCAUCGUCUAAUACAAAAAUGUUUAGUUGAUAUAGGAGAUAAACCUUCAAACUUUGUUAAUAGUAAACAAUGGAUUGGUUCUACGGAAGUAGGUUUUGUACUAGAGAGUCUUUUGGAUAUUAGUGUUAAAGUAUUAUGUGCAUCUACAGGUGAAGAAGUGUCAUCAUUAGCUCCAAAUUUACUGCAUCAUUUUCAGACGCAGGGUACACCAGUAAUGAUUGGUGGAGGAGUGUUAGCACAUACAAUUUUAGGAAUCAGCUAUGAUCAAAUUACUGGAGACGUUAAAUUUUUAAUUUUGGAUCCUCAUUACACAGGUUCCGAACAUUUGCCAACUAUAAUAAACAAAGGUUGGUGUGGAUGGAAAUCAAAAGAUUUUUGGAAAAAAGAUGCAUUUUACAACAUGUGUCUUCCUCAGAGGCCAGUAUGCAUCUGAUCGUGUUAAAUUAAAAAUUUAA